AUGUCUGCACUAGACUCCGCUACGGCAGGUCAGGGUUUACCAAAUCCUCGCAAACCCCUUGACAGCCAGAAAAAUACGGGUACUGAUAUGUCCAUAAUGAUUCUUGUCCAAACCAAUUGUCCCAGCAGAUUCGCAUAUCAAGACCAGCAUUAUAUCAGAGGCCUCAACGCGGAGACUCUAGCAAGAGUUUUCCUCCCUUCUCCACCAUGGCUGUUGUCUCCAGAAUACACGCCGCUUCAACCAGACCCCGACGAGGCAUGUCCAUGCAUCUUCUUCAGUCUUAACCUCUCCAUCUACAACCAGAAUAUUGAUCCGGAAGAAUGGACUGAACAAUGGUUCUUCAUGAACGGUCGUGUCCAUCCUUACGCAUUAACAUGGAAGGUGGAACAACUCAACGGCGUAGAAUCAGACGACCGUACUUUAGUCGACUACACCAUUCCGACACUUAUUGUCCGUGAUCAGGGCUACCAGCCAAUCAACCCACGACCUUUUGCCGCAAUAGACCACUUUCCGAUGGUGCCUCCGAUUGUCAGUUUUACUGGUCCAAUCAUUGGUUCUGGUCGAACUCAUCUACGAAAAGAUAUCCUUCCUAAUCUGAGCGAUGUUCAAUUGAAAUGCUGCGGCUUUGUGCAACUUUCUUCCUUUAUCACGCCUGGGGACCCAUCCAAACCACCGUACAGAGGUUUCCAUCCAUUCCAAGCUUUCCUCAUAUUCCCUAUACACGCCAACCCAUGGGCUUCUCUAUGUAAGAAAAUGAUCGAAAGGCAAGACACACAGUUCCAAGCCAAUGCGCUGGUCACCUGCACGGGUAAAAUCGCGGGUUUACUACAUCACAAAAUCAUGCUGCACCCACCCAGCCUGGAGCAAGACUACGUUUUUAUCAUCGUUCCAGACAGCUGGACCUUCCUUGACAAAGCCAACUUCAACUCAACCUCCCGGCACUCCUCCUACACAGAGCCCAAGCAGCAAUCAUCAGGACUCAUGGCCUUUGACGACGCUCUGGCCAAAUUCACCUCCCCAAGGAAAGACAUGAUCAAUCAACCAUCCCACCCUCCCAACCUCAUCUCAGACGAACAAACUACUCCUCCAAUGAAGCGCCACAACGCUGAAAAUUAUCAAACACCAGCGAAAAGACUUUGCAAAGCAUCGGGAUCAAACCACCACGAUGACCCACAAGGUAGCUCAUCAUCUCCGCCUAAUGAUCUUGAUCAGCUUGGUGACUACAGUGAUCCAACUCUCAGUCCAGAUGGUCCAGAGGCCCCUUCAAUAACUGCCGUCAUGCCUGUUGAUUCUUCAAACCGACCACACCGAAGCCGACAUCCGCCAAGGAAAUACCUGGAAUCUGACUGA